UCCAAAUGUGCAGAGGCUUUGAGUGAUUCUGGCUCCAGGAAGGGGGGCAGAGGGGAGUGAGGCAAAAGCUCAGAGCUAUAAAUUCUUACUGAGCUGUGAGGGGCAUUCAGUGAGAUACCCCUCCCACCAUCACCACCACCACAGGUGCAGGGGGCUGGCACUUGGCUGUGAAACUGGAGAGAGCUGGUUUCAGCUUGUGCUUUAGUUCCUUCUAGGAAAAGAGCCUGGGCUGUGUGCAUCUUCUCAGUGCAGAGGACUGCUUGUCUACCUCCAGGAGGAUGUCUCAGUGGCUGUGGCUCCUUGGAAAAAUCCUGCUGUUGGUGAGGAUGGCUGCCUCAGUGAACUUCAUCCACCACCGCUAUGAGGAGCUGGUGCAGGCCCUGUUUGACGUGCAUGGUUCGUGCCCAUAUAUUACCAGGCUGUACAGCAUUGGCCGCAGCGUCCAGGGCCGCCACCUGUAUGUACUGGAGUUCAGCGACUACCCUGGCAUCCAUGAGCCCAUGGAGCCGGAGUUCAAGUACGUGGCAAAUAUGCAUGGAAAUGAAGUGCUUGGUCGGGAACUAUUGCUUCAGCUUUCAGAGUUCCUGUGUGAAGAGUAUCAGCGUGGAAACCAGCGCAUCACCCAACUUAUCCAUGAUACACGUAUUCACCUCUUGCCCACAAUGAACCCUGAUGGAUAUGAGGUGGCAGCUGCCCAGGGACAAGAUGCUUUGGGGUACCUUACAGGGAGAAACAAUGCCAAUGGAGUUGACCUCAACCGUAACUUUCCUGACCUCAACAGCAUCAUGUAUUACAAUGAGAAACAAGGUGGACCCAACCAUCACAUCCCCUUACCAGACAAUUGGAGGAAUCAGGUGGAACCAGAGACUCUGGCUGUUAUUCAGUGGAUGAAAAGCUACAAUUUUGUCCUCUCAGCCAAUCUUCAUGGCGGAGCUGUAGUUGCCAAUUAUCCGUAUGACAAAGCCCAGUUGCAAAGGAGCCGGAACAAUUGGCUCAGAAUGGACACUCCCACUCCUGAUGACACUCUUUUCCAGAAGCUGGCAAAGGCCUAUUCCUAUGCCCAUGGAUGGAUGCACCAGGGCUUGAGCUGUGGGGAUGUAUUUCCUGGUGGCAUCACCAACGGAGCCUCCUGGUAUUCACUCAGCAAGGGGAUGCAAGACUUCAAUUAUUUACACACCAACUGCUUUGAGAUUACCCUUGAAUUAAGCUGCAAUAAGUUUCCACCUCAGGAAGAACUGGAACGUGAGUGGCUGGCAAACCGAGAGGCACUGAUCACCUACUUAGAGGAGAUCCACCAGGGAAUCAAAGGUUUGGUAUUGGAUGAGAACAACAAUAAAUUGGCUGGUGCUGUCAUUUCUGUCCAAGGAAUUGGCCACGAUGUCACCUCUGGUGAGCAUGGGGACUAUUUUCGAUUGCUGAUGCCUGGCACUUAUGGUGUUACUGCAUCAGCAGAUGGGUAUCAGCCACAGACAGUGACGGUGACAGUGGGCCCGGCUGCACCCUCAGUGGUGAAUUUCCAACUCAGAGAGAGAACAGAAGACCAUACCCCUGGCCCAAAGGUUUCCAACAAAGGUCUCCAUAAGAAAAUUGUGCCACGGGCUAUCCCAUGGGAGACACUGCGGUGAAGGCAGACAGCUGGUUGGAAGCUGAUGGAGUCAUGUUUAACAUGAGAUGUCAAUGACUGGCAGAUAAACUUUCCAAGAGGCACCUGCACCCUCUCCUGUCCCCCACAAGCAUGCAAUGAGCUCAGAUGUCCUUGUUUAUUAAAUGUCUAAUAUUUAA